AUGGAGAAAUAUGAAGCGAUAAAAAAGAUGUUAAGAAGGGUAAUAACUUGCAAGCAAUUGCGAGAAGAACCGGAGGCACACAACCAAGCAAAAAGAAGGAAAAACAAUGAACUCGAUUAUGAGAAGAAGCAAAUGCAAACCAAAAAAAUCAAUCGGAUUUUGAAUCGAUAUAAAUUAACGAGCUAUAUUAGAAGCAUCACUUCUAAAGGUAUAGGGGAAGGGGGCGAAAAUGAAAAAGGCCAAGAAAACAAAGCAAAAGGCAGGCAAGAACCUGUAGAUCAAACGACCAACAAAUUUCCAACGGGAAUCAACAGGGAAGAUGGAAAGAAACAUGCUUAA